UUUAGGUAAAACAUGUGUGGUCACAUGAAAAUGAGGGCCCACCGGGACUUGAUCAUCUUUGCCAUUCUAGUAUUAUUUUGUAUGGUUAGGGUUAGGUCAAGGCCUCAAGUACCAUGUCUCUUUAUUUUUGGGGAUUCUUUGGUGGACAAUGGCAACAACAAUGGGUUACUGACACUUUCCAGGGCCAACUACUCGCCAUAUGGCAUCGACUUCCCGAGCGGCAUCACUGGGAGAUUUACCAAUGGACUAACCACCGUCGACAUCUUAGCGAAGCUUUUGGGUUUUUCAGAUUUUAUUCCACCAUAUGCAAGUACUCAAGGCCGAGCCAUUUUAAGAGGCCUGAAUUAUGCAUCAGGAGCGUCUGGCAUAAGGGAUGAGACCGGCAACAACCUGGGUGACCAUUUAUCAAUGGACCAGCAAGUAGAAAACUUCAGAAAGACACUGCAACAGAUGAGGGGAUUUUUCAGAGGGAGAACAAAUAGAGUGAAUGCAUACCUAAGUCAAUGCAUUUUUUCAGUUGGAAUGGGAAGUAAUGAUUAUCUCAAUAACUAUUUCAUGCCUAAUCUAUAUACAACAAGCUUAGAAUACAGCCCCAGCACCUAUGCUACUCUCCUCCUUGAUGACUACUCGCGCCAAUUAACGAAAUUAUACGAUCUGGGUGCACGUAAGGUGGCCGUAUCGGCCGUGGGUCGGAUUGGAUGCAUACCGUACGAGAUCGCACGACUUAACGGCAGUGAUAACAGUAACCGUAACGGCAGCCGGUGCAAUGAAAGAAUCAACAAAGCCAUCUACAAGUUCAACAAAGGCCUCCGAAAGAUGUUGGACCGUUUCAAUAACGGUCAGCUGCCCGGGGCCAAGUUCGUCUUCGUCAACACCUACCAUACUUCCAAAAUCAUGAUUGACCAUGCUGCCUCCUACGGGUUUAAGGUGAUCGACAAGGGGUGUUGUGGGGUGGGGAGGAACAACGGCCAGAUAACUUGUCUUCCUCUGCAAGAGCCUUGCCAAGAUCGGAGUAAGUAUGUGUUUUGGGAUGCAUUUCAUCCAACGGAGGCCUCGAACAUCAUCCUUGCUAAUAAAUCAUACAGCUCCAUGUCGUGGUCCGAUGUCUUCCCAAUGAAUAUACGUCAGCUCGCGAUGGCCUGAGAGCCGUCCUUGCAAGCAACGCCAUCACAUUUUGUUAAUCAAGUGGACCAUUUUUUUUUUCCUUCCAGAGCUACCAAUUUAUGUAUGAUGUAUAAGCUAUAAGCAUGUCAUAAUUACCAUUUUCUCAAAUAAGCUUAGCAUGUUGUAGUCACCAUUUUCUUCAAUAAUAACUUUAGCGAUGGUCCAAUUUAAGCAUGAAGAGUCUACAUUCACCGUUUAAUGGUCUUGAUUGUAUUGAUGGAGUUGGCUAUUUUCUUCUUCUUUUAUAAAAAUA